AUGGCUCCUUUUGUCGAGACGCUGAGAAGCCGAGGGCCCUUCUUGGGCACCUUCGUCACACUUACUUCGACGUUGUCCGCUUCCAUCGUUGGCGCCUCGGGAUAUGACUGUGUGAUAAUUGACAUGGAGCAUGUUCCUGUCUCAGCUCUGGAGGCUACGCAUAUUGUCCAUACGAUAAGUUCGGCGUCCAAGGGUACCUGUUUGCCUCUCGUGCGGGUACCGUCUCACGGGGUGGAAUGGAUCAAAUGGGGCCUCGAUAGCGGCGCUUCCGGCAUUGUUAUCCCCAUGGUCAAUACUGUUGAAGAAGCUCGCCAAAUUGUGCAAAAGGCUCGAUAUCCGCCUCUUGGCCAACGAAGCUUUGGGCCAGCCUAUGCGCCCUUUGCCGACCCGGCAUCCGAUCGAUCAAUCGGCCAGUAUUUCGGGGACACUGCCCCAGGAUUAGCCGUCUUUCCGAUGAUCGAGUCUGCAAGCGGUGUUGAGAAUGCCGAUGCUAUCCUAGCGACGGAAGGUGUCAGUGGCGCCUUUGUCGGGCCUUUCGAUCUGCGAUGUUCGCUGGGUCUGCCCGGUGGUGACGGGAAAGAGGAUCGCUUCCUUGAUGCUCUCGAACGGAUUGUUGCAGCAGGAAAGAAGGUCGGCAAACCUUUGGGUAUCUAUACCGGGUCCAAGGAACAAAUGGAGCGUAAUUUGAGCCUGGGCUUUGAGUAUAUUCUCUACCAUGGUGAUUCGACUCUCCUUGCUGUGGCAGCCAAGGCUUCAGUUGAGGAAGGACGGUCAGUAAUUCAGCAGGUAAAGUCUUCGUGA